AUGUCGAGAAACGCUACACGAUCAAUUGCCAGCGCCGGUAGCGAGUCGGUCGGGAGUGGGAGUAUUCGACAACGAUCCUCGCCCGCUCGCGGAGAGCGUCCGGCCUCAAAUCCUGCUUCGUACACUGGAGAUAACUAUGACACGGCCUUGCCCUCAAUGGAAUUUCACCCUCCUCCGACAAUGGCACAUCGCAGAACGGGAAGCACCUUGAAAACAGUCAUGCGCAAGAUCUUCAACCGAAAACGACAGAGUCAGACCGAUGGAUUGGAAGAAGCCCCCUAUGAAUCGACCUUUUCAACACCGCCAGUCAGGAGGCCUGGGCCUACAGGACCUCGUAUGAGGAGGCCAUUCUUGGCUGUUCCUCCUCCUUUGAACUUGGACUCGAAUCGGCGGAGUCCACUUUCCGCAGAGAACCUUCAGCUCGCAGAGACCCAUCUCUCCCCGCUCUCUCCACUCUCUCCAGCCUCUUUGGGCGGGUCCUUGGCGGGCGGUAUGCCGCCGCGCCGGCGACGUGCGACUCUUCCCAGUGUUAUAUUUUCCGACGAUGAAUCUCGGUUUGCGGUUGCCUCCGCCAUCUCUGACCCCCAUGAUGAUAGAUCUGUCGUACCAGAACAGCGCAGACAUAGUUUGCUAUCGGAUAGGAUAUCAAGGAGCGCAGAGGCCUUGCGCGAACUCAAUGAGCAACUGCCACCAGUCGCUGCUUGGUCAUCUCCGCCGCCAGUCAAUGGCUGGCCACCGCGGACAACAUCCGCUCCAGGUUCAACCGCUCAGUCACGAUCCCCACAGGAGGAAAGCUCCAACAGCGGCCAGUCUUCCCGGCCAUCCACUGGCACGACCGUGACCAGUGUGGCUCGAGAGUCGGCUGCCCCAUCUUUCAUUGGUUCCGACCAACGUCCUGGGCCUGUUACGAUCCCACCUAAUGUGGCUAGUUUCGUUGGCUCUAUGCAACAGGACGACAGCGUCACCUUGGACCAGCGCCUGACCACCCUGGAAGUGAAGAUGAUUGAUCUAGAAUUCGCAAUUGCACGAAUGCAAACAUCUCCACAAGACAGCCCCACGGGCAAGGCACCUCGUCCAAGACCUCCCCAACAUGCAGACUCAUAUCCACCCCAAACACGCAAAAUAUCCCCAGGGCUUCGGUCUCCCGCGGACAGCACUGACUCCGCAAGUCCUCUCCCUAACAUUGAAUACCGUCCUUCCAGCACGAGUACAAUCCGCCAGGACAGCCUGAACUCGCGAACUCUCCGCCCCGCCCCAUCCGCAACCUCCUUAUCAGACUACCAGGGUGUCUCAAUCGAGCAAUACAGCACGCUAGUCACACUCCUUCGACGUGAACAAACCGCUCGCAGGAAUCUGGAAAGCCAAGUCACCAGUCUGAGAGACGACAUCCGUCAUCUACAGCGUGCAGCCCUGGAGUCUAUACAAGCAGGCACCAUGCAACCAGCACAUACAAUAGAAUCAGAAGAAUUCAUCCGCUUCCGCCGCGCCCUCGACGACUCGGGAACAUCCUCGCCACUACGCUCAGACGACAAACAAUCUACAAUCGACAGCGACCCAGACUGGGACCGAUCGGAGCUCUACUCCCGCGACGACCCCUUCGCACAUCCUCCCAAAUGGGAGCGUCAACGGAUUGUACCAGCUCCCAUGAUUUGA